ACGUCAAGACGCCGCGAUCGGGACGUCGAAGCCAAAGGAAGAGGAGAACCAGCUGGGUCGCCCAGCAGUCUCGCAGCCGUGUUCACGUUCCUUUGGGCCACUGCUGGCGAGUCCGGAGAACAAACGCCUGAGGCUGACAGUGAAAAAAGCAGUCUGGCUCCCGAGGUCCAUCCCUCAUACCCCAAGGUCCAGAUGGCGGCCAACGUGGGUGAUCAACGUAGCACAGAUUGGUCCUCUCAGUAUAGCAUGGUGGCUGGGGCAGGCAGAGAAAAUGGCAUGGAGGCCCCCAUGCAUGAGAACCCCGAGUGGGAGAAGGCACGCCAGGCCCUGGCCAGCAUCAGCAAAGCGGGUGCUGCUGGCAGCUCGGCCAAGGCCAGCGGCAACGGGCCUGUGGCCAGUGCACAGUAUGUGUCACAGGCAGAAGCCUCUGCUUUGCAGCAGCAGUACUACCAGUGGUACCAGCAGUACAAUUACAGCUUUCCCUACACCUAUUACUACCCCAUGAGCAUGUACCAGGGCUAUAGCUCUCCUUCCCAGUAUGGGAUGGCCAACUCCUACGGCUCAGCCACACCCCAGCAGCCGUCGGCACCCCAGCACCAAGGGACUCUGAACCAGCCCCCAGUACCCGGCAUGGACGAGAGCAUGUCCUACCAGGCACCCCCUCAGCAGCUGCCGGCCCAGCCCCCUCAGCCCUCAAAUGCCCAGCAUGGGGCCCAUCCUCUGAGCAGCGGCCCCCAGCCAGGGACAGUGCCAGCCACACAGCACGGCCAGGCGGGAGCACCUUCAGGCCAGGCCUAUGGGCAGCACAGCUAUUCCGAGCCAGCCAAGCCCAAGAAGGGCCAGCAGCUGUGGAGCCGCAUGAAGCCGGCCCCUGGGACUGGUGGUCUCAAGUUCAACAUUCAGAAACGGCCCUUUGCUGUCACCAACCAGAACUUCAGCUCCAGCUCGGAGGGGCAGCAUAGCAGCUUCGGCCCCCAGCCCAACACUGAGAAAGCUCAGAACCACAGCGGGCCUUCAUCCCGGGGCAACUUGUCCGGGAAGCCUGAUGACUGGCCUCAGGACAUGAAGGAGUAUGUGGAGCGCUGCUUCACUGCCUGUGAGUCAGAGGAGGACAAGGACCGCACAGAGAAGCUGCUGAAGGAGGUGCUGCAGGCCCGGCUCCAGGACGGCUCAGCCUACACCAUUGACUGGAGCCGCGAGCCACUGCCAGGGCUGACCCAAGAGCCUGCGGUGGAGAGCCCAAAGAAGAAGCGGUGGGAGGCCCCUAGUGGCCUUCACCCUCCCCGGGGGGCAGGCUCUGCAACCAGAGGUGGAAGUGCCCAGUCCCAGCGUGGGACACCAGGGGCUGGGGGUUCUGGCCGAGCUCGGGGCAGCAGCUUUGCUAAGUUCGGCAAUCGCAAUGUCUUCAUGAAGGACAACAGCUCCUCCUCCAGCACAGACUCCCGCUCCCGCUCCUCUUCCCGGUCACCUACCCGUCACUUCCGCCGGAGUGACUCCCACUCGGACUCUGAUAGUUCCUACUCAGGGAAUGAGUGUCACCCUGUGGGCCGCAGGAACCCACCCGCCAAGGGUCGGGGGGGCCGGGGGGCCCACAUGGAUCGGGGCCGAGGCAGGGCACAGCGUGGGAAGAGGCACGACCUUGCUCCCACCAAGCGUAGCCGCAAGAAGAUGGCGGUCCUGGAGUGCGAGGACCCCGAGCGCGAGUUGAAGAAGCAGAAACGAGCAGCCCGCUUCCAGCACGGCCAUGCACGCCGCCUGCGCCUGGAGCCGCUGGUGCUGCAGAUGGGCAGUCUGGAGAGUGGUGGGGCUGACCCUGACUGGCAGGAGCUGCAGAUCGUAGGCACCUGCCCUGACAUCACCAAGCACUACCUGCGCCUCACCUGUGCCCCUGACCCCUCCACUGUGCGCCCCGUCUCUGUGUUGAAGAAGUCGCUGGCCAUGGUCAAGUCACACUGGAAGGAGAAGCAGGACUACGCAUUUGCCUGUGAGCAGAUGAAGUCAAUCCGGCAGGAUCUGACGGUCCAGGGCAUCCGCACAGAGUUCACGGUGGAGGUGUAUGAGACGCAUGCCCGCAUCGCCCUGGAGAAGGGGGACCAUGAAGAGUUCAACCAGUGCCAGACACAGCUCAAGUCGCUGUAUGCUGAGAACCUGCCGGGCAAUGUGGGCGAGUUUACUGCAUAUCGGAUUCUCUACUAUAUCUUCACCAAGAACUCAGGAGACAUCACCACGGAGCUGGCGUACCUGACACGGGAGUUGAAGGCAGACCCUUGUGUGGCCCAUGCCUUGGCACUGAGGGCAGCUUGGGCUCUGGGCAACUACCACCGCUUCUUCCGGCUCUACUGCCGUGCACCAUGUAUGUCUGGCUAUCUCGUGGACAAGUUUGCAGACCGGGAGCGCAAGGCGGCCCUCAAAGCAAUGAUCAAAACCUUCCGCCCUGUGCUGCCUGUCUCCUACCUGCAGGCCGAGCUGGCCUUCGAGGGCGAGGCUGCCUGCCGGGCCUUCCUAGAGUCCCUGGGUCUGGCCUACACGGGCCCGGACAACGCCAGCAUCGACUGCCGCCUCAGCCUGGCGCAGCUGUCAGCCUUCUGA